UCUCCCUGUAGAUGAAACCGUGAGUUCCUGGGACAGCUCCUCGGCUUUGUCCGUGGUGUUGGCCGACGGGCACCCCGGGUCCGAAGUGGCCGGGACGCCAUCGGAAUGGGUGGACUGCAUCCAAGCGAGUGACAUGUGCAACCAGAACCCACACUGCAGCUCUCGGUACCGUGUGAUGCGCCAGUGUUUGGUGGGCAAGGAGAAGGAAGCCAUGCUGGACAACAACCAGGAGUGCCGAGCGGCCCUGCGGGUGCUGCUGGUCAGCCCGCUCUUCGACUGCCGCUGCAAGAGGGGCAUGAAGAAGGAGCUGCAGUGUCUUCAAAACUACUGGACCAUCCACAUGGGACUCAAUGAAGGUAGGGGGCACGUGGUUUCACUGAGUCAAGCACCGUUUCCCAACCUCGAUUGA